AUGGCGCCUUUACUAACUGCAACACGAGGAACAUUUUACAAACUUCCGGUGCUGUUAAACCCCGGCUUCGCUGGUGUAACCUAUGUCGACUAUGCUGGUGUAACCUAUGUCGACUAUGCUGGUGUAACCUAUGUCGACUAUGCUGGUGUAACCUAUGUCGACUAUGCUGGUGUAACCUAUGUCGACUAUGCUGGUGUAACCUAUGUCGACUAUGCUGGUGUAACCUAUGUCGACUAUGCUGGUACUGCACUGUAUGCUGCAGGUCAGAUCAAAGCGUUCCACGAUGACCUGCUGGUCAAUCUCUACGGUAACCCACAUAGCCGCAAUGCCAGCAGCCAACUCUCAACCGACACCAUUGAACAAGUUCGAUACAGCGUUUUGGAUUUCUUCCAUGCCUCCGCCGACGAGUAUGACGUGAUUUUCACUUCCGGCUGUACAGCUGCCUUGAAGCUGAUUGCCGAGUCGUUCACAUUUGAAGACUUGAACAAGGGAGGCAACUCCACAGAAAAUGAGGAUAAAAGAUCGGAAGAGCUUGAGACUGAAAUAUCCUCUGAGAAAAAUCCACGUUCUAAUACAGAAAGCUUGCAGCAUGAAAAUAGAGGUGAUACCGAAAUAUCAUCUCAGCUUCUCUCUACAGAAAAUGAGAAUAGAAGAUCGGAAGAGAUUGAGACUGAAUUAUCUUCCGAGAAAAGAAUGCAUUCUAAACUAGGAAGCUUGCGACAUGAAAAUGGAGGUGAUACCCAAAUAACAUCUCAACUGGAGACGAGACAUCCUGGCUGUUUUUGUUUCUUGCUGGACAACCAUACUUCAGUUUUUGGAAUGCGGGAGUUAAUGGCGGACAGAGCAUCAGUUUUGACGUGUCUGAGCGAGUCGGAACUUUAUGAACCUGGGACGUGGUGUUGUGAAAGAAAUAUCAAAACUACGAGUUCUUCCAACAAUCUUUUUGCCUACCCUGCUGAGUCAAAUUUUUCUGGCCAGAAGUAUCCGUUAGAAUGGAUUGAGAAAAUACAGAGUGGACAGAUGGGAUUCCAGUCUGGUUGCCGCGGGCGAUGGUUAGUGUUGCUUGACGCAGCUUGUUUCGUUCCCACGUCUCCUCUUGAUCUCAGCAAGUAUAAACCCGACUUUGUGACGUUGUCGUUUUACAAGAUGUUUGGAUUUCCUACAGGACUUGGUGCUCUGAUUGUGAGGAAGGAAAGUGCUGGUGUUUUACAGAAACGUUACGUCGGUGGUGGGACGGUGGUUGUUAGCGACGUCACAGAGAGGUUCCAUGUCUUCCGAUCAAACAUUGCAGACAGGUUUGAAGAUGGAUCCUUGCCCUUUCUAGACAUAAUAGCUUUGAGACACGGGCUGGAGGCUUUUAAUCGCAUUGGUGGUGACAUUAUAAAAGUGUCUAAUCAUUGCUUUUCUAUCGGCCGUUACUUCCACCACAACCUGGUCCACCUUCACCAUGGCAACCAGAAUCCACUUGCCAAGAUUUACUGUGACACCAGUUUUGAAGACCCCACCAAGCAGGGCUCGAUUGUCAAUUUUAAUCUUCUCCGCACUAAUGGAGACUACAUAGGAUAUGCUGAGGUUAAUAAGCUAGCAGAGUUACAAAAUAUUCAUUUCCGGACAGGCUGUUUUUGUAACAUAGGAUCGUGUAGAAAGUUCUUACACUUGACCACACAGCAGAUACAAGAACACCAUGCAGCAGGUCACGACUGUGGUGAUAAUGUGGAUCUAGUCAAUGGACUGCCCACCGGGUCUAUUCGGAUUUCGUUUGGAUAUAGCUCUACUCUUCGUGAUGCCCAGAAGUGCCUUCAGUUUAUUGUCGACUACUUUGUGGAUGGGUGUGAAGAAAAACCUAACUUCCUUGUGGAUUACUUGAAGACAGGCCACAGUUGUCAGCCAGUAAACAAUAGCCAAUCAGUUGAUGAGAAAAGGAUUCAAGAACUGAAACAUUCAUUACCAUUGGCUGACAUUGUCCAAUCAAACGACAAGAGAGAUCAGCAGAUGAAACAUUCAUUACCAUUGGCUGACAUUGUCCAAUCAAACAACAAGAGAGAUCAGCAGAUGAAACAUUCAUUACCAUUGGCUGACAUUGUCCAAUCAAAUGACAAAAGAGAUCAGCAGUUGAACGAUUCAUUACCAUUGGCUGACAGCAACCAAAUGGGAGAUGUUGAAUCUAAUGCUGUGCCACAAUAUGUGAAUACUCAAUGUUGUGAUGAAGAACGUUUCCUGACUGAUAUUUGUGUGUUUCCUGUCAAAUCAUGUGCUCCUUUCCAGGUUUCUAGAUGGGAGAUUGGAUCAAGGGGACUUAAGUAUGAUCGGAUGUGGAUGAUUACUCAGGAAAGUGGUGUCAGCCUUGGCCAGAAGCGAGAACCGAAACUCUGCUUCGUUCAGCCGCACAUCGACCUGGCGAACAACCUGCUUGUGCUCAAGUUCCCAGCAAUGGCUGAUCAUGAAAUAUCUCUCAACAUGGUGGAAUCGGAACAUGAAAGUGGCGAGAGAAAGUUGUGUACAAACAAAAUCUGCAGAGACAGAGUGAAUACAGUUGAUUGCGGAGACUCGGUAGCAGCCUGGAUAUCUGAGGCUUUACAGAGACCAGGAUGUCGUCUGCUCCGACAGAAAGAGAAUGACGGCAGAAAGAGCAAGGACAAGGCAGAUUCUGCUCUGUCCCUGGCAAAUGUUUGUCAGUUCCUGCUGGUCUCAAGAGCAAGUGUCCGAGCCUUGAAAGAGAAGCUAGAGUUAUCCCAAGCUGAUGAUAUACCAGAUGAAGAUAACCUUGUAUUACGUUUCCGUGGUAACCUGAUCACUGAUGGUGGCAAACCUUUUGAAGAGGAAUCCUGGGAUGCGGUUGGAUUUGGUGCUACGAAGCUGCUUUGUCAAGGUCAGUGUAACCGAUGUCAGAUGGUUUGUUUUGACCCAGUAUCAGGGGAGAGAACUAAGGAACCCUUGAGAACUCUUGCGUCAUGGAGAGGAGGAAAGGUGCCAUUUGGGGUGUAUUUGUGUAUGGAUUCUUCAGACCAGUUGGAGCAAUGCUUUUUACAAGUUGGGGACAAGGUCGAAGCCAAUGAAAUCGAAGAAUGCAUAGCUUUCAGCCAAUAAGAAUACUGCAGACAAGUGUAUAUAUAUCAUUGUUAAGUUAUAGAAUGUAUAACACACAACAAGUAUAUUUUAUCCAUGUUUACAGAAUAAUUGUUAUAUAUAUAUGCAGUUUAUUAUGGUGCUAUUGGAAUUUCGUAUUGUUUUGAGUUAUUUUCUAAUAUAAGUAUUACCUUUCUAAUUAAAUGGGCAUUUCAUAUACAUUUGGCCUCGUGCUUAUAAACCUUAAAGUCUACACUUUUAUGUCUUAUAAGCACGGCCCCUGGGCUAUGUCCCAGUUUUAUGUUUUAUAAUUCACAAAGAUUGGGAUUUAGCUCAGUCAGUUGAGUGCUCGCUUGAGGUGCUUGCAUCGCAGGAUCGAACCACCUCGGUGGACCCAUU